AUGGUAGAGAAAUCGCUACACGUCAAAGAAUACUCCUUAAUAGCUUUCCUAGAUAUCGAGGGAGCUUUUUACAACAUCAUACCAGAGGCCAUCACGGAGGCCCUGACUGACCUGGGGGUGGAUCGCAGCUACCAUCUCGGUAUUGAUCACACCCACGCACUAGCUCAUCACGCUCACGAGGAUCUGGAUACCUUAGUCCGAUCGUUCAUGGACAUGGACCAAGUUCAAUCAAGUAGCGCUACCAUUGACGCUACUGAUCCCGCUGAACAACACUUCGUUCAAACGCAUUCCCGCAGAGACGAUGGAGUGUACGUCGUCCAAUAUCCAUUCAACGAUUCCGCUCCGCCGAUGGGGUCCACAUUGCCGCAAGCCUUACGCCGCUUUUCUUCUCUCGAACGGAAAUUUCGAAAGUUUCCGGCACUCAAACAACAAUAUGUCGACUUUAUGGAGGAUUACUUACUACGAGGACACAUGGAGUUGAUUCCUUUUACUACCGUAGCCGAGGAUCUCGCCAGUCACAAUUAUUUAGCACACCACGCAGUAUUUAAACCAGAUGGUACCACUACAAGAUGCCGAGUUGUGUUCGAUGGCUCUGGGGAGGACUGCCAGGGACAUUCACUUAAUUCACGGCUACACAUUGGACCACCUAUUCAAAGGGAUUUACUUGGAGUCUGUUUACGGUUCCGUCAGCAUCGUUAUGUGUUCUGUACGGACAUUGAGAAAAUGUUAAGAGGCAUCCGAGUUUUAGAAGAACACAAGCAGUACCAACGUAUCGUCUGGCGAAAGGAGGAGACUGCUACACUUGAUCAUUACCGACUACUGACCGUGACAUAUGGUUUAGCUUCUUCACCGUUUUUAGCUGUUAGAGUUCUCAAGCAAAUCGCUCAAGAUUAUGCCGAGUUGUAUCCGAAUGCUGCUGCGGUGCUGGUAAGGGACGCUUACGUGGAUGAUAUUCCUACAGGCUGCGAUAAUAUCAACGAACUCAUUGCACUCAAGGAUGAAUUGAUUUUGUUAUUGAGCCGAGCUCAAUUUAAACUUCGAAAAUGGAGUUCAAACUUUUGGCCACUACUACAAUCGCUGCCAAAGGACAUUUGUGAGUAUCCCCUUGAAGCUCUAGAGGAAGAGAGCCCAGAUCAAUAUGUGAAGGUUCUUGGUAUACGCUGGGACCCGGCUGCUGAAAACCUUUCCUUCAAGCUGACCAUUCCCGACGCCACAGCUGCUCUGACAAAACGGAUUUUGCUGUCGGAGCUUGCCAAGAUCUACGAUCCCCUGGGUUUGCUUGCCCCCACCAAUGUAUUUCUAAAGGUUCUCUUUCAAGAUAGUUGGCUGAGCUCGAUCGAAUGGAACGAGCCACUACCGCCGCAGUUAUGCUCACCAACGGAGCUGCAUGGAUUUGCCAAUGCGUCGUCUCAUGCAUACGCCGCUGUUAUUUACAGUCGCGUGAAACUCAGUAAGGACUAUGUUGUCAGAAUGAUCGCCGCAAAAACCCGUGUUGCGCCCAUCAAACCUGUAUCCAUUCCGCGGCUCGAAUUGAAUGCAGCCCAUCUUCUUUCAAAAUUGAUGUCUCUGGUUAAGCAAGCACUAACUAUUCCUAUUUCCAGUACCUCAUGUUGGUCUGACUCAGAAGUUGUGCUGCAUUGGCUCUCAUCACCCCCUCGGACUUGGAACACUUAUGUUUGCAAUCGGGCUGCUGAGAUUUUAGAUGCUUGUCCACGUAGUUGCUGGCAACACAUUCGCACUGGGGACAAUCCCGCGGACUGUGCAUCACGCGGACUUUUACCGAGGGAUCUUGUAGACCAUCAGCUGUGGUGGAAUGGACCACCGUGGCUUUCACAAUCACGGCUCACUUGGCCACCUGCUAAGGCAAAGUUUGCACUGUCGACUGAGGAGGCUGCGCACAUGGAAGUUAAGGUCAAGCCUCAAGUUAAUCUACACAUUUCCGAUGAAGGAAAUGAUCUCUUGCGGACAAUAAGCUACUGCUUUCGCUUUGUACACCGUCUUCGCAGCAAGGAACGCCUGUCAUCGUUUUUAUCAUCAUGGGAGCUUCAAUAUGCACUGAUUCGCUACACUCCAUUUAUUGACGACCAAGGAACAAUGCGCGUAGGAGGACGCAUUGACAAUUCAAUGGCAACUUACGAUGCAAAAUAUCCCAUACUUCUUCCAAAAGAAUCACCAGUCGCUGUUUUAUUAGCUAGACACCAGCACGUCACAUCGCUACACGCUGGAGUUGAAUUUAUGUUCCAUACGUUGAGACAGAAGUAUUGUAUUCUCGGUGCCCGCAACAUUGUCCGGAAAAUCGUAUUCAACUGCAAGAUUUGUUUCCUCCAGCGCAAAAGUACGAGCACACAACUCAUGGCUGAUCUUCCCGCUUUUCACGUUCAGCCCACCCGCUGUUUUCUCCAUUCUGUAUUGGAUUACGCUGGACCAGUUACUAUCAAGACAUCGGUAGGUCGGACACCGAAGCUUGGCAAAGCUUGGUUUUCUAUCUUUGUUUGUCUGUCCACCAAAGCAAUUCAUAUCGAACUCGUCAGUGAUUUGACGACUCCCGCAUUUAUCGCAGCCUUCAAACGAUUCUGGUCUCGACGUGGCCCUAUAUCCGAUUUAUACUCAGACAAUGGCACAACAUUCCACGGAGCCAGACGGGAACUAACGGAAAUGCAACGGAUGGCUGUAUCUCAAAGUCAAGACGAGGACAUUGCAAGUUUUCUGACGAGUCAGGAAAUCAACUGGCACUUCAUUCCGCAGUCUGCCCCGCAUUUUGGAGGUAUUUGGGAGACUGGCGUACGAUCAAUUAAGCAUCACCUUCGCCGAGUAAUUGGUAGCAGUGCAUUAACUUUCGAAGAAUAUUCAUCCGUUUUAACCCAGAUUGAAGGUCUACUCAACUCUCGCCCACUGUGCGCUCCCAGCGAUCACAGCUUGGAUCCCCUUAACCCCGCUCAUUUUCUUACAGGUCAACCUCAUAUGUCGGUGCCAGAGCCCUCGUUCUUGGACGUGAACAUUAACAGACUGCAGCGUUGGAGACAACUGCAAGCCAAGGUUCAAGGGUUCUGGAAACGUUGGAAUCUUGAAUACCUUUCUUCCUUGCAGUCGCGCCCCAAAUGGCAGCAGGAGACCAACAACAUAACAGUGGAUACGCUUGUGGUACUGAAGGAGCCGAAUCAACCUCCUAGCAAGUGGCUGCUUGGCCGAAUCACCGAAGUUCAUCCUGGUCAAGACGAGAGAGUUCGAGUGGUCACCGUAAAAACUGCCCGAGGAGUGUACAAGAGACCUAUCACCAAAAUUGCUGUGCUUCCCUUUAACUGA